AUGGGAUUUCUUUUACCUUCAGAAUUAUGCCCUGUUCCCCUUUUGUUUGGAUUAUGUUCUUCUUUAAACACGUUAUCCACAGGUAUAGAUACAGGUAAGUGUCUCUGUAUUUAUUUGACAAAAAAUUCAAACUUAUUGCAAUUAAUCGAAUCAGUAAUGAGUAACUCAAACGUAGUCAAAAAGGCUUUGUCUAACAAAAAGAAAAAAGCUGUCAGUACUAAAACAAGUAAAGUGCCUAAUCCGACCUACUCACCACGUAAAAACAAUCAGUUUGAGGAUAUCAUUUCCAACGAGGAUGAAAGCAGACUUAUAACUGGUACUUCUACUGUUACACCGACUGAAGCAAGUGGCGAAUCCUCGUUACUUGUCCACCAAGGGAAACAUGCAUUAGGUGUUGAUUUGGAGGCCAACUAUGACAGGCAUUAUGGAAGUAUCUCCAACAAUACGCUAGAGGCUAGUAAUGACAGUUACUGCUAUAUGCUUCAAAACUUAACGUCUACUCAGCUUUAUCUUUUAGUGGCAGUACUAGCAUUAUUGGUUAUAUUAACUGCAUUGUUAUAUUCAAUUGGGGAUACGGACCAGCUCAAAGAAAUCUGGAAUAAAAUUUUCUGCUGGUUGGGGGUAAUGAACUGUAAUACAAACAAUGUGAGAAAACUGGAAUAA